GUGAAAAUUUUUUCCGCAUUACGGGUUGCCAAAAAAAGAAAUUAAAUAGUAAUCCCAAUUAAUUCAAUUGUUAAAAAUAUAUAUUUUUCGAGUAAAGGCUUAUUGUAAUCGGUCUGUUAAAAGUUGAGAACUCGCCUUGUAGCCGGAAAGUAAUUACGUGCUUGCCAACAGCAAUCUGGCAGAAGGCAGCUCUCUCGCUCGACAACGUCGCGCUCGCUAUAGUUGUUUGCUUUAGUUGAUUAUUUCUACUCGUCGACGAUAGCAAACAUUUCAAUUCUUAAAAAAAUUUGAAUGUUCACAUUUACCAAUCAAGAGAUAUACUUAAUAUACAUACAUAAGUGAUAUAAAAGAUUUAAUCAUGAGUGGCGGAUUACCGGAGUUGGGCUCCAAGAUUAGCCUGAUUUCGAAAGCAGACAUUCGAUAUGAAGGCCGCUUGUAUACGGUGGACCCGCAGGAGUGUACAAUUGCGCUGUCGAGUGUGCGCUCUUUUGGUACCGAGGAUCGUGACACUCAGUUCCAAAUUGCACCUCAGUCCCAAAUAUACGACUACAUUCUCUUUCGUGGCUCGGACAUUAAGGACAUUCGAGUUGUUAAUAACCAUACGCUGCCGCAUCACAAUGAUCCAGCCAUUAUGCAGGCCCAUCUUCAGAACGGUCCCCAAGUGAUGCCACAACAUUUUCCCAUGAACGCAUCACAACAGCAGCCGCAACAGGCACCCCCAUCGAUGGGAGGCGGUAGUGGCGGUGCCACGGGUGCACCAGUUAGCGGUUUUGGAAAUGGAAAUCCAUUUGGGGCCUUGGGUGCUCCAUCAUUAGGCACAGGCUCAUUGGCGCCUGGAUCCGGAGCACCAGGCUCUGUAGGUUCGUUUAUGCAUAUUGGUGGCAACCAACAGCAACAGAAGCCUCAACAGCAGAAACAACCAAUUUCCGUUUUAGAUAUGCUUGCGAGCGCUUCACGUUCAACAACGCCUAUUAGCCUUAUAAUAAGUCCAACGGCCGAGCUAAACCAGCAGCACUCCCAGCAGCAGCAUCAACAGCAAAACUCAUCACAGACUAUGGGUGGUGGAAAUGCGCGCGAUGCCGGUCAUAAGCGCCAAAACCAUCAGCAGCAACAGCAUCGAUCUGGAUCUAAUAACAUGUCACAUCAAAAUCGAAACAAUCAUAAUAACGAUUUUUAUAAUCAGCCCCACGCUCAGCACCAGCAGCGUGAUCGUCGUGACUCUGGACGACAACUGGAUAAUAUUAAUUACAACACGUAUAACAACAACAAUCAACGCAAUCGCGGUGCUGUUGGAGGAGGCAACAUGCAACAGCGUGGUGGCGCAGGGAACGGAGGAGCUUGGAAUAUGCAUCGUGGAGGUCCCCAAAAUGCCAACAAUAUGAUUAUGCGCGGUAACCGUGGAAUGGGAGGAGCUCGGGGUCCAAUGCGUUCAAACCAGCAGCAAAUGUAUCGUCCACAAUCGGCUAAUCAAAACAAACCUCGUAAUAAAAUCAAAUUCGAAGGCGACUUUGACUUUGAGCAAGCUAAUAAUAAAUUCGAGGAACUGCGUUCACAACUAGCAAAACUUAAGGUCGGUGAUGAACCCAACAAUAAAACUACAGUCGAUCCAGUGACAGCGACAACAACAACAAGCUCUGUCACCACUGAACAGUUAAAUGGCGAAACCGACAAAAAGGAUGACUCUGGAAACGAAACUGGUGCUGGAGAGCACGAGCCCGAAGACGAGGACGUUCAUGUUGGCUACGAUAAGACCAAGUCAUUCUUUGACAACAUCUCCUGCGAAGCUGCUCAGGAUCGUAGCAAAAAUAAGAAGAACGACUGGCGUCAGGAGCGGAAAUUGAACACUGAAACUUUUGGAGUUUCGUCCACAAGACGUGGCAGCUAUAGAGGGCGCAAUCAUUAUUACAAUAAUGGAAACGCAAUGAGCGGAGGCGCAGGAAAUGGUGGAAUGAAUACUGGCUAUAGCGGCGCUCCUGGAUAUAAUCGUAACAACUAUCGUAUGGGAGGUGCUGGCAACUAUCGGAACCGUAGCAACAAUCGCAACAAUGGCAACAUCCGGGGCCAAAACAAUUUAAGCAAUGGUAACUCUGCCGCAGCAUUAAAAGCUGCCAACAACGCAGAUACUUCGGCCCCCAAUACCACAACAACGAAGGUUGCUACGUCCACGAUCGCAGAACAGUCGCAACAUGUAGCGGCAGUUUCUCAAUAAGGUCGACGCAUAAAUGAAUUUGUCAGUGCAAAACUCUAUGAAUUCAAAAAAAAAAAUGUCCUACUCAGAGUAAAGCUAGUUACCGUUACCCGAAAAAUACCCCAAUCAAGAGACCAUCGCGCGACCAAACGACCGAUCGACGAAAAACAAGCUCUCAUCAUUGAGAUAAUCUAGAUAUGGAUUUAACAGCAUCAAACAAGCAAAAACAAUUGUAUAAUUUAACUUAGUGGUGUACCGCUCAUGACGUCCUGUGCACGCACUCAGGCCGCCCACCGUGUUGCUUCGCUUUGCAAAUAAUUGAAAGCGUCCCCUGUAGCAGUCAUAUGUUAGGUUUUGUGUAAAUGGCUUGCAAAAGGUUCUUGGCGACGCAGCACUCGAUAUGAGAGAAAAUACACACCUAUACAUAUAUAUAUUUAGUAAUAAAUUGAAGAAAAUAAUAUACAUAAGCCUAUGAAAAGUUAAGGAAAAGAAGCUCUAGGAGUCGCAAAAUAUGAAAUUAUUACAAGAAAAUAUUUAAAUCCAUGGAAUUCCAAACAGAAAACUGAAAACGAAAUUCACAUGUUUAUAUUUUAAAAUUACAAGAUUGUUUAGAACUACUUAUAAUAAUUGUGGGCAUACAUAUUAUAAAACAAUAAAUUCAAAACGUUACUAGCAUUUAAACAUUUUUUAAGAACAUUUUAAACAUGAAAAUGUAAAUCAACAUACCCACACUAAUACUUAUAUUUCAAUUAACAGAAACACGUUCAUAAUCGUACAUGCAUGCAUUAAACACAAACAUUGUAUAAUUCAACCAUUAACAGCAAUGUGGACAACAAAUAAAUCUACCCAGACUUUGAACUUUAA